GUUUAAACUUCGAAUAGUCUCGCAUAUCGAAGAAUCAAGAAGAAACCAUGUACAAGUUCGCUGUACUCGUCGCCCUCAUUGGCUGCGUUGCUAGCGCACCAGCACCAGGCUAUCUCGCUCCAGCUCUCCCUGCAGUGGCCGUUGCCCAUACCGCCGUACCGGUCGCCACCAGCUACUCCAAUACCUACAAGGUCUCGGUGAAGAGCCCGCUCGUAGCUGCCACCCCCGUCGUCGCGGCUCACGCAGCUCCUCUUGCCUAUGCGACCCCGAUCGUCAAAACUGCUCCCGUCGUCGCGGCUCAGCCUGCUGUCGUCGCUCAUGCCCCCCUUGCCUAUGCCGCCCACGCACCCCUCGUCGCUGGAUACAUCCACUGAAAGAGAAACGCAGAGAGGGAGAACGACUUCGGCUCUGAUUCUCUAGUCAUAACGACAUUCAAACCGGCUGUUACAGAUCACCUUAGACAUUUGGACGAGACAUUGGAUCUUACCUCGUUGAUAUUAUCAUGAUCGAUCAAUAAAUUCCUUUUCUAUCUCCUCACAAAA